AAAAUAUUGUUUCCUAAAAGUCAUGCACUUCAUCUUAAAAAUUGUAUCUAUGUCAAAGAUAUUUUGUCAACAAAUUAACCUUUUUUUGAGACAGGUUCACGAAAUUUAGAUAGCAGGAACUAUAUAAAGAGUAAAUUUACUCUUAUAAUAUAAUAAACUUAUAUUUGUAUAGUUGGUUUUGGCAAAGGAUAGACUGACAAAAUGAACAAAUUUUUAGUUAACUUCGGUUUGUUUGUUCUUGCUGCAAGCUGUGUAGUUUGCGCACCAAACGAUGGUGGAAAACCUAGAGGAGUGGUCGAGGAAGCAGAUCUGCAAAUUGCUGAACUAGUCAAACCAUACAUCGGCGAACGUAGAGUGGUAUCCAAAGCACUGCAAAAGUAUCUUAAAGAUUCCGAUUAUCAAGUAAUAAAAGAUCUUACUCGUGAAUUCGACAAACACAAGGACAAGUGCGCAGAUAUCGAAAAGAAAAUGAAUGAUACCAUCGACGACCUCGCCAACUGCAUUGAAGAUAUCACCAUUGGUGAUAGUACCGUCUGCGCUACCGCCCAACGUGCCAUUGAAAAAUGCGCCAAGCCAGUCAUUGAAUUAGUUAGCGGAUGUUUGCCAGAUGAAUCCAAAGAACUUCCCGCCUUAGCUGAGGGAGUUGUUCUUGCUAUUUGGAAACAAGCUUGCGCUUCUACAGUAGAACAAGUAUUGGAAUUAUUCAAUCCAUGCCAAUGGAAGAGUUUCUCAAGUCUUGAAAAAAUCGAAUCCUGCAAAGCUGUCCCCACUGAAGUUGAAAGCUGGGAUCACAGUAAACAGCUUCCUACCACUGAAAACAUUUGCACACUCUUGCCCAAAAUCAAGAAAUGUUCCUCCGACUUCCACGGACAGUACUGCAAGAACCCAGUCACUCUUAGCUCUUUCGCCAAAUUCCACAAAGCCAUUGAAACCGAGACUGAAAAAAUUUGCCACGACCCUGUCAAAAACGAAGUCGCUUAAUUUAUGAAUGUUAAUUUUUGUUAAAUAAAUUUUAUACUCAUCUUUUUA